GCUUCGGCGUGAUCCUUUGGCUGGGCCGCUGAAGUCAGAACAAGGCGCCGCGGCUGAAGCAAGUACCAGCCUUCAUCUCUGGUUGUCUCCCCUUACGAAUGGCAGCACGAGGCGCAGUACUUUCGAUUGCACAAAUACUGCUGUUGCUCGACGCUCUCCUUGCUGAUCUGGACUACCUUUCAUUGCAAGAUCUCUUCGACUGAGUGAAGCAGCACAGUUCCAUUCUGUCAUGGCCCCCAUCAUACUUCGCCCUCAUUCAUGUGAACAUUGCGAGAAGAUCGUGUUCGACCGAACAAUUCGGCCGCCCCCUCCUUCAAACUCUCCAAGGACAUGGGACGAUCUCCACGAUUCCAACGAUGCUGACUUGCGGGCCAGGACUCUUCCUGACUUUACCCUCGCACAUCUCCUUGAGGGCAGCGAAGAUGGCUGCGAAUUGUGUUCAUGGAUUUUGAAUGACGAAUGUAUAACUCUAGAGACAAUAGCGGGACUUUGUUCAUGGAUUGCGGAUGACAUGCUGCGAAAGUCAAUGGAACAAGCCUCCAUGUGGGUAACCUCCUUGAUUCCAUCCACUCCAGAGCAAACGACGCGUGCACUGGCGAACGAGAAGCCGAAAGAUUUUGAAAAAAUGUGCCUAUUUCUCGGCGCAAAAAUCGAUGCGGAUAUUUUGCGGGUGGAGUUUUUCGGGCUUUGGGACCCAGACGGCAACCAAAUCGUAUGUCGCACCCGACAUGGAUUCCGAGUCCAAGUUCCUGAAGACAGUCCCGCUGCCGCAUAUGUAACCACCAGGCCAAUAGAUGAUGAAGCCGGAUCGUCGGAAACGUUCGCGAAGAUAUCUCUAUGGCGCGCCACCUGUCUUCAAGAACACCACGACAGCUGUCCAACUCCGAACUCUACAUUCGUGCCCAAACGACUGGUCGAGGUGCAAGAUGCUGACGGCUUUGAUUGUUUACGCUUGCGCGAAACAGAGCACGUGGGCCAUCCACCUUACAUCCCAUUGAGUUACUGCUGGGGAGACGACCAAGCGAUUAUCUCGACGAGAACGACAGUUUCUACCUGGAUGAAAUCUAUACCGUAUGACCACCUGCCACAAACUCUGAAAGAUGCGAUCACCGCCUGUCGCAACCUGCAAGUCCGCUUCUUGUGGGUGGACGCGCUGUGCAUUGUACAAGAUGACGACCAGGACCGAUCCCAACAAAUUGCACUGAUGCCACAAAUAUACAGAAAUGGACAACUCACAAUUGCGGCAGCUUCAGCUGCAGAUGCGAGAGAGGGAUUUCUCCACAGACGACAGUUGCCGAACUCAGAGACCACCGCUUUCACUUUGCCUUACGUGUGUCCCGAUGCUGAGAAGAGCCAUAUAACUUUGUACCGUCUUGACGAAAGAUCAUCUCCCCUCGAUACGAGAGCAUGGACUAUGCAGGAGCGGCUGCUCUCACCACGCACACUGGAAUUCUCGAAUCACCAAGUGCGCUGGCUAUGUCGUGGUUGCCUCGAUCAACCAGGUUGGACCGACGGAUGGCUCAUGAAACCCGAAGUUGAUUCCCGCCAGCACAACAUCCUGCCGAAAGAGGUUUUCGGCCGAGCUUUCAAUACUGCUCAGCUGGUACCCCAAACCAAUAAUCUAACGGAUCCGAAAGCAAGUAAAAAAGACUGGUAUGCUCUCGUCCGAGCCUAUACCCAUCGUGCACUCAAGAGACCAACAGAUCGAAUAUUGGCAUUAUCUGGUCUUGCGAAAGAAUACAGUGUUGCGGUCGACGAUGCAUACCUUGCUGGUAUGUGGCGCAAGUCACUGCUCACCGAGCUGCUAUGGACCGUGGAGGGAACUACGUAUCCUGCACCGACUUCAUUUCAGGGUCCGUCAUGGUCUUGGACAUCUGUAAAUGGUACGAUCAACUUCAAAGGUCAAUAUGGAUCAUUUCAUGGCCGUUCGGAAGAACAAGCGUGGGCCAAAGUUGUAGACUGUAAUCCGACCCUUGUUGAAGGCAGCGCACCAUUCGGAGCUGUCAAAGAAAAUCAAAGCAGUCUGGUGCUCGAAGCAAGACUUUUACCUGCUAUGCUGCUCCCCUCGAGUCCUCCAAGUGGUCUCAGGUCGAGUGAAGAGCACCAAGCCAUCGUAAUGAAAAUGAACGACGAUGGCAAGAUGCAACAAUUUCGGGUCGAGAUCGAUGCUUCUGACUUCGCAAACCGCGCGGCAGAAACAGCUCCGAGCUGGACCGAGAUCGUGCUUCUCGAGUUAUUCAGCACAUUCAUGAGCAGUCAAUGGACUAUUAAAGGUCUGGUUCUGCGCAGUGGGACACUGUCUAGAUUCCAGAAUAGCGAGGUGGAACAGCGCCCAGUGGUGGAAGCACAAAACGACACAGGCAGCUUCGUGAGCGGCCCACUCAUUCCAGAAUCAACUCCUCCGGCAUCGAGCACGGACUAUCUACGCUAUCAAAGAAGACUUCAGCAGGUGAAGCAGCAGAGAGAAAUGGAAGCGAACAGGCUAUAUCAGCAAAGGAAUGAGCCCGACGAGAACGUCUUCUACCGCGUCGGUAUGUUCGAUUACACUUCGAGCUACAGCCAGGAAGCCUACAACAAGAACGCGCUCCGAGAGUGCAAUUGGUUUAAGUACUGCGUUCCACGAGCGGCGAAGAUACUGUAGCCGAAAAAAAUUUUCAACUGGAAUUCCGCACGGAACGGCGAGUCGAGCAUCUACAAAUGAGGCCGCCAGCUAAGCACCGCACCCACGCACUGGGCUUUCAUCCUUUUCUACAAAUUUCAUCCCCAGUAAACUUUCUGUUUAAGUGUUUGCCACCUAGAAUCUCCUCACGAAACCAAGAUAAACUGGCCUAUAGACACGCAAUAGAUCUCUUGUACUAUAGCCGCAAUAUUGCCUCGGGUUGAGCAUUUGAUCUAGCUUACUUGUCGCGCAGCACAGUACUCUAUACCAC